CUGACUUAAAUUCCUUUCACUGCAGCUAGUGAGGACAACUCGAAAAUGCCAGUGCGAAAGAGAACCCACUGCCCCAUGAUCCUAAAUGAAAAAGAGAACACAGAAAUCCCCUUACACAUUACCCCCAGCUCCCUUUUGUCUUGUUCCUGCCAGCACAGCAGCCAUCCUGCUAUAUAUAUCAGCUGCCACUCUUGCCCUAUCACACUGGACGGUGAUCAUUUGCUGUCAACGAUGAUGGGGAAGAUCACCUUCUACGAGGACCGGGGCUUCCAGGGCCGCUGCUACGAGUGCAGCACCGACUGCCCCAAGCUGCAGCCCUACUUCAGCCGCUGCAACUCGGUGCGCGUGGACAGCGGCUGCUGGAUGCUGUAUGAGCGCCCCAACUACCAAGGCUACCAGUACUUCCUGCGGCGCGGGGACUACCCGGAGUACAAGCAGUGGCUGGGAUUCAGCGACUCCAUCCGCUCCUGCCGCCUCCUCCCCCAGCACUCUGGCACUUUCAGAAUGAGGAUCUACGAGAGAGAUGACUUCAGAGGACAGAUGUUAGAGAUCACAGACGAUUGUCCUUCCCUUCAGGACUGCUUCCACCUCAAUGAAAUCCACUCCCUUAAUGUGCUGGAGGGCUGCUGGGUCCUCUAUGAGAUGCCCAGCUACAGGGGGAGACAGUACCUGCUGAGGCCAGGAGAGUAUAGGAAAUAUCUUGACUGGGGGGCUGCAAAUGCCAAAGUUGGUUCUUUCAGACGAGUUAUGGACUUUUACUGAAGUAGUUCGAUUCUCUACUUUUCUCCUUUAAAAUCUAAUAAAAUAAUGUAACUUGUGAUUCUGGCACCAAUAGAGUCCUGUGUUUCUUUCAAUCUAUUAAGUAUUCAUAAGCAAUAAUAGCCCUAGGACAAACAUAACAUGUUUUCAAGAUGGGCAGCAACCACUUACAAGGGGAAUAAUGUACAAAUGUUAUUUCCAUCACUCUUCUAAUGACCAAACCGUGCAGGCUUAACAAAAACUUAAGUUAGCCUACAGCAAUUUUGUGGUUGUCUAACAAGGGUGUGUUAGGGGAUACAAUGUUUAAUUCAUACUGGUGGAAGCACUUCAAGUUAUCCCUUAAUGUUG